CUGCAUGCGUCAGUUACGUAGCUAGCGUUGUUAGCAAAUAACAGUGUUGUGUUGUUACGUGUAGGAGCAGUACUAGACCCGGUUAGUUAAAUCCGCGGAUACUUCCUGAGUCCUGUACCCGGCUCCGUGGUGUGGCUGUCGUGUCUUCACGGUGCGGACUGUGGCCGGCGUCAUGUGGACAACAUGAGCUCCUGAUUCGCUGCGGCUAAAGUAGCUAACUGUAACGUGCUAGCUGUACAGCGGGGGAGAGCUAGCACGCUAGCCUCAAACUUCUGGAGAAGUUGUGCAAGUGAGGUCGAGCGAUCGGACCGAUUCAAAGCGACGAUCAGGUCGGUGUUUCUAAACGUGCCAUCGCCUCCUAACCCGCUCCAGUCCCAGGGCAGUCUCAUGGCAUCGGACGUGAUAGAGAGUGAAGUCGUGCUAAAGGGGAUAGGUGAGAUGAAUCUGAACAAUAGCAACCCGGACUGUGUCACACCCAGUACGAGUCGCGAUGAGCUGGGACACAACCUGGCCGCCAGCCCCUCGUCUUCUGGGGUGUCCGGAGAAGGCAACGAGGAGGAAGUGGAGGAUUUACCACGUAGCACGGUGCCUCCUGUCAAAAAUGGCGAGGAGGCACUUCAGGAGAGCCCAACCAAAACAAGAGGUACGCCACAGGAAAGGACGACUCCAGACAAUGAGCAGAAACAGCCCGGAGCCAGAAGCUCUACCCCGGUGAGCCUUCCCCAGCCCCGCUCCCCGCCCGGGCCCAUCGGAAGUUUCGAGCGCCAAGAGUCAGUCGCCACAACAGAAGCCCGCUUACGCAUGGAAGGAGUGGAACUAAAGGAAGAGUGGCAGGACGAGGACUUUCCACGGCCCCUACCAGAGGAGGAGGAGCUUGAAGAUGAACUUUUUGCUGGGACGUCCGAGGAAAGAGACCCAGAUUAUGCAAUGGACCAUGGCAAAAAGCCAAAGAAAAAGCUUUCAGCUCCGAACAUCAGCCUGACGUUUGACCGCAGUGAGGGUUCGCUUCUCUCUGAUGAGCUGGAUGAAAGUACAGAGCUUGACCUUGAUGACAUUGACACACCCUCAGACAACAGCAAUGAGUUUGAAUGGGAAGACGAUCUCCCGAAACCAAAAACCACCGAGCUGCUUCAGAAAGGUGUGGAGUCGGUUCAGGAGUUAUCGGCCUCGGAGGAGAGGGAGGAGGGUCGACGCUGGCGGGUGUUUCGUAUCGGAGACCAGGAGCACAGAGUGGACAUGAAAGCCAUCGAACCGUACAAGAGGGUUAUCAGCCAUGGAGGUUACUAUGGAGACGGUUUGAAUGCCAUAAUUGUGUUUGCUGUCUGCUUUAUGCCUGAGAGCAAUCAACCAAAUUAUAGAUACAUCAUGGACAAUUUAUUCAAGUAUGUCAUUGGAACACUGGAGCUUUUGGUUGCUGAGAACUAUAUGAUCGUGUAUUUGAAUGGGGCGACCUCUCGGAAAAAGAUGCCAACUGUCGGCUGGCUCAGAAAGUGUUAUCAGCAGAUUGAUAGGAGGUUAAGGAAGAACUUGAAGUCUUUGAUAAUUGUCCAUCCGUCUUGGUUUAUCCGGACCGUGCUGGCACUCACAAAACCUUUCAUAAGUACCAAAUUUAGUCAGAAAAUCCAGUAUGUGUACAGCUUGACAGACCUCGCAGGGCUGGUUCCUAUGGAGUAUGUGUCCAUACCAGAUUGUAUCAAGCAGUUUGACGAAGAAAAAAACCGGAAUAGCCGUAAAAGGAUCGACCAGGACAUGCAUGGCAAAGUGGAGAUUGCGGCUGCUGCUGUUCCAGAGUGACGAUCCCCCACGUUGACACUUCGAGAGUGAUGAAAAAUGUUUUUGAACGACAGCCACUCUUAGGUUUUUGUUCUGGGCGACGUGACUGAAGACUUAAAUUGGAGCAUCAGAAAAGUGCCUUUUUGAAACUGCUGCCUGUUACAUUGAAACCUUUUGCUGUAUUUCUGUGUCAAGCAGCUUGAUCUUCAGCAUUUGCCCCACAUGCUGUCUGAAAUGUUUUAAUCCUUUUUACUUCCUGCCGGUGUAUCAAGUCCAACUUAGUUUAUUGGUGUUCCCUAGUUACUUGUGUAUCACACUUUAUUUAAGGCACUCUUGUUACAAAUGGUUGAUGCAUGCUCUGCUUUAUUACAUUUAAAUAUAUAUAUUUAUAUUCAAAAGGUGACAAAGGAGAGAAAUUAAUAUAUUUUUAUGAUUGCUCUGAUUUUAAACUGCAUUUUAGGUCUCUGACCCACUGAGUGGCAUUUCAUAGAAGUUUUGAUGGCACCUUUUUCACUGUUCACUGCUGACGUUCUCUGAUAAAAAUCCUGCCUGGGGAAAAUAAAGUUUUAUUUUUUGCCCUUAA